ACUACUGUUUGUUUUCAUCAGGCCUAAAUAUCCUAUGACAGUCCAAAAGCAGCAUCAGCACAAGCAUUUGCAACAGACUGGAAAGACAGGAAUGGUGUAGGUGAUUCCAUUUUCAAUAAAUUAUUUGGCUCCUUCAAAGGGAAGAGGGAUUUUUCUUUUCUUUGUAAAAUGGAGAUAACCUCUCCUAUCCUUUUCAGUAUUUCACAAAGGAGACUGUGUCUUGACAGCUGUGCAGUAAGGAGAAUCAACUUAUGUACCCCUGGGGAAUUCACCUGCUCCUUCAUAGGCUGGUGAAUAAUAAACAUGCAAGAGGCUCAUAAAAGCCUCUGAUCUUUUUUUCGAAACAGCAAUUAUUUCCUUCCAGCAGCUCGGAGUUGAAAUGGCCUGCUCAAAGUUGUGGGUGCUCAUAGGAUUAUUUAUGUAUGCACUGCAGUGUACGCCCACCCUAGGAGAAGAAACUGAGCCUGGAGAAGAGGAAUGUAGGCUGCUUGGGAAAUUUGAUUUACGGGGUUAUGUAAAUGCAGAGAAUGCAAUGCACGUGAUUGGAGGGAUGUUCCCAAUUCACUUUAGGACGAUACUUGAAGAAGACCCAACGAGUACCCCACCAAUGUCUCCACAAUGUGAGGGGUUUAACUUCCGAGGCUACCGCUGGGUCAAAGCCAUGAUACAUGCUAUAAAUGAUAUUAACAAAAGAGAUGACAUUCUGCCAAACAUCACGCUUGGCUACCAGAUCUAUGACACGUGCUUUACCAUGUCCAAGACUGUGGAGAAUUCAUUGGCUUUCCUGACUGGGCAGAACGAAACGACUCCUGUCUUCCGAUGCAGCACUGGAGCUCCUUUAGCAGCAAUCGUUGGAGCAGGUGGAUCAACUCUGUCCAUUGCUUCCUCAAGAAUCCUUGGGCUUUACUAUUUCCCGCAGGUUGGCUAUGCCUCCUCUUCCUUACUUCUCAGUGAUAAGUAUCAGUUCCCUACCUACCUUCGCACCAUCCCGAGUGAUUUAGUACAAUCCAAGGGCAUGGCAGACUUAGUUCACCAUUUUGGCUGGAGAUGGAUUGGAACAAUAGCAGCAGAUGAUGAUUAUGGGAAAUACGGUGUCAAAGCUUUCAAAGAAAAGGUAGAAAACACGUAUACCUGCAUUGCAUUCUCAGAAACCAUCCCCAAAAUAUAUUCCAGGGAUAAGCUCAAGAGCGUUGUUAAGGUUGUAAAGGAAACCAAUGCCACGGUCAUUGUGGUCUACUCAUCUGAUAUUGACUUCCAUCCUUUAGUGGAAGAACUUAUGAUUAGCAACGUCACUGGUAAAACCUGGAUAGCAAGUGAGGCUUGGGUCACAUCGGCCUUAAUUGCAAAGCCGGAGUAUUUCUCUCUCCUUGGUGGGGCAAUUGGUUUUGGGAUAAAAAGAGGUGAAAUACCAGGCUUCAAAGAGUUUCUUCUGGACCUACACCCAAGCCGAGACCCUGACGAUGACAUGACAAUUGAAUUUUGGCAGUCUGCGUUCAACUGUACUUGGCCUAACAGCAACAUCUCAUACAAUACAGACAACAGGAAAAAUGUCACUGGCCAUGAGAACAUUAUCAAUUUUUCUUCUGAGGAACUCUGCACUGGAAAUGAGAAACUUGAAGAACUCGAUAAUACGUACCUGGAUGUUUCAGAACUGAGGAUAACAUAUAACGUUUAUAAAGCUGUGUAUGCAGUUGCUUCUGGUCUUGACCAGUUACGCCUCUGUGAGCUAACAGAAACGAAAGGACCAUUUAUUCCAGGUGAUACAUGUGCCAGCAUUGACGAGUUUGAACCCUGGCAGUUAAUGUUCUACAUGAAGAAUAGAAUGCGUUUCACAGUGCUUGAUGAGGAUGUCCACAUAAAUGAGAAGGGUGAUGUGUAUACGCCAUAUGACAUUAUAAAUUGGCAGAAGAAUGAAACUGGUCAUAUUGCUUUUGUGCAAGUUGGAACAUUUAACAUGACUGAUGAUGACAAUGGUGAAUUCCAUAUUAAUAAUGACUCAAUAUUUUGGAACAAUCCAUCAGGAACACGGCCACGCUCCGCAUGUAAUAAUAACUGUCAACCUGGUUUUCGGAAGGGGAUCCUGCAAGGGAAGCCCUCCUGCUGUUACGACUGUAUAAGGUGUGCAGAAGGACAGUUUAGUGGCAUUACAGAUGCAAGAGAAUGUACAGGAUGUAAGGAAGAUUACUGGUCCAAUGAGCAGAGAAGUGCUUGUGUCCUUAAGGAGGUGGAAUUUUUGGCUUAUGGAGAAGCUUUAGGAAUGACACUGAUUGCUCUGUCUGCGUUUGGCUCCUGUGUCAUCCUGGCUGUGACUGGAGUCUAUAUCAAGUUCAGAAGCACAGCUCUUGUGAAAGCCAAUGACCGGGAGCUGAGUUUCCUCAUUCAGUUUUCUCUCAUCACAACCUUAAUGACCUCUGUCCUCUUUAUUGGUAAGCCAGAAGACUGGUCCUGCCAAUCCCGUCAGGUGACCCUUGCCUUGGGUUUUUCUGUUUGUCUGGCUUGUGUCCUUGCAAAGACAGUGAUGCUUUUCCUGACACAGCUGGCAAAAAAUUCAAAGAUUGCGGAGAAAGUUCGUAUGGCCAUGAGGCCAAUUUUCCAAAAGAUCAUUGUACUCUUCUCUGUAAUGGCCGAAGCAGGGAUAUGCUCCGCUUACCUCAUCCUUGAACCUCCCCGUAUGUACAAAAACACCCAGUUCACAGUGUUGAAGAUCAUUUUUGAAUGCAACGAGGGUUCCAUAAUGUUCUUGUGUGUUAUGUUCGGGUUUGAUGUUUUUCUCGCCAUCCUGUGCUUCCUUACUGCAUUUGUAGCUCGGAAGCUUCCCAAUAACUUUAAUGAAGCCAAGUUUGUCACCUUUGGGAUGCUGGUCUUCUUCAUUGUCUGGAUAUCGUUCGUUCCUGCUUACUUAAGCACAAGAGGGAAAUUCAAAGUGGCUGUGGAGAUAUUUGCUAUUUUGGCCUCCAGCUUUGGCUUGUUAGGGUGCAUAUUUGUACCAAAGUGCUACAUUAUUUUAUUGAAACCUCUAAGAAAUACAGAAGAAAUCGUGGGUGGCCGAGUAACCUUGAAUGACAAGAGUGCACCACCAACCUCUGCCUCUUGCACCAGUGAAAUUAACACAAUCUCAACCACAGUCCUUGAUGAGUAGAGACCUUCAUAGCACACGCCUGGCACAUUCCACUAGUUUGUUCACAUCUUUUCCUCCUCCUUUCUGAGAGAAAGCAGAUUACUGGUUCCUAUCAACACCGCAGCUUCCGUUUCAUGGGGAAUAGCACAAAUAACACACACCUAAUUGCUUGCUGACAAAGUCGUGUAUGCCACUUUUUGAGGAAUUUGUAUGGUCACAAUGAUCUCCACAUGGCCCAGACCCAAGCCCACAUGAGUGGAAAGGAACUUCCCCUAGCACAGCAGAGGGAGUCGUCUCUUCCCACCCCUCUUGGCUGCAGCCUCUUGUGCCACGGCAGCACUAUCACAGGGCUUUUUCCAACCCUUCCGAAUAGCCUUUUGGGGUGCGGAUGCAGGGAGCAGCAGGAAGGAGAAGACAGGGAAUCCCUGUUCCAUGAGCAGAACUCUGCACAUGGUUCAUAGGAUCUGGCCCUACAAUUCCAGCUGUAAUAGGGCAAGAGUUGGAAACAAUACAACCAAUGACAUUUCCUUGUAAAAUGUCAACAUAGCAUCAAGUCAAUGCAUGAG